AGCGUUCUACCAACAGACAGACGCAAAGACGCAAUUAUUUUUGAUCAGCAAUUAAUUGGCACUAUAUCCAUUUAUAAAUUAAAUUUUCAUUUUUAAUCAUAUUUAUUCAAAAUAACGACCCAUAGAAUUUCUGGCAUACAUAGUGUAAUCUCACGGAUAUAUUUUUUUCAUUUGUAUAAAUAUUUGACAGUUCUGCCAUUACUAUCGCCGGCAUUACAACCAUUUGAAAUGUUAUACGCAUGUGAAUUUUGAAAACAAACUGGAACGAGAGAAAAGUCAGAGUGUCAGAGUGUAUACAAUGCAUAAACACAGUUUUUUAUGUUGAAAUUGGCACGACUUCAUAUCGCCGCCAUUAUAUUGACUUUUUCAGUGAGAAUAGUAAAACGCGCUUAUGUACUUCUUUGUGCUUUAAAAAGUGUGUUUUUACAGUUUUGACAUAUUGGAAUCAAAGUUAAAUCUAAAGAAAUUAAUUUGUUCAUAAAUAAAUAAGUUUUAAUCAAUUGUGUGCCGUUUAUUUUGUGAAAGAAAAAAAAAAGUUCCAGUGAUUUUCCUUUGAUACCCAGUGAAAAUAAAAAUAAACGCUAAUAUGGAAAAUGGUUCAUCAAACUCAGGUCCGCCAAUAAGAGGUGGUGGUUUUCGCGGCCGGGGCGGAAUGCCGCGUGGUGGUUUUGAUGGACGAGGCAGUUUUUAUAACUAUUUCAGAGGUCGUGGACUAGGGAGAGGAGGUGGACCAAUGGGUUCAAUGCCAAGAGGAUUUAGUGGUCCUCCGGCUUUAAGGCGUGGGCUCUUACGGGGUAUCAUGAACCGAGGAAUGGGUUUUAGGGGUGGACCAUCUAGAGGAAAUCCAGGACGAGGAGGAAGACCAAUGAACUAUAAUAACUAUCAAAAUCAGAGUACAAACAUUGGGCCAGCCGCAAAUGAUGCAUCGCAAAAGUCAGAGUCAUCUUCCAACACUAUGUCUGGAACGCAACCAUCCUCAAAACCGGCUCAGAAUAGUUCGCAUUCACCCGCGAAUGAUCCAGGAAAUUCAGUUUCCAUCAAUCAAUCGGGUGUACCUCCACCAUCUAAAGGAAUCGGAAGUUCGAUUCGUGGUGGAAGAGGUGGUGGAAUGACACAGCGUCGUGGAAAUAGCAAUGCUGGCAAUUACAAUCCGAAUAUAAAUGUCACCGGAAAUGAUAUACAACAAGGUUCUAAUCCAUCCUCCAAACCGUUCUACCGUGGGGGUUUGUCUCGAGGUCGUGGAGGAUUCCAACAAGGUCUAGCUAGACCUAACGGUCCAAUGCAUGUGUCAACUAAUCAUCAAUCAGGAAUGAUGCAACCUGGAAUUCCACUUAAAAGAGGACCUCCAAUUGGACCUCCUGGACCGAAGCGAGGCCGUUAUGAGCAAGCACCAUCUCACCGUUUACAAAAGUAUCCCCUACAAGGUCCACAGGGUCCACCACCGCAAUUACAAGGUCCCCCGAACCAACAGCCACAAUCUCAACCUAAUUACAGUAAUAAUUACCCAAAUUCUGUACCCCCAAUGCAACAUCAACCAAAUAACUACUAUGGACCACAAGGCAAUGGCGGAUAUGAUCAAAUGAAUCAGAUCCAUGACUAUUCUCAGAACUAUGCACCGCCUCCAUCUCAAUCUGGAUACAACACAAAUGGGUAUUCACAAUAUCCUCAACAAAGCUACCCACAAACAUCUGAAUAUGAUCAAGGCCAAGGAUAUUCCCAAGAUUACAACACAGCAUCGUAUCAACAAGAUGCUCGAUAUCCAACUAAUUACGGCCAGUCAGACUAUAGCACAUCAAACUAUGGAGCAUCUACAGACUAUAACACUCCAUCGUCAGAUUACUCACAGGCUGGUACAUACGACAACCGAUCGUAUAGUGGAUAUGAUUCAAACUAUACACAAGGCUAUGCGAAAUCUGAUGCAUACCAAAGUCAUGCGGGUUAUUAUUAGGAUUUUGGAAUAUGAAGUGUAACAACACAUAAAACCCAAGAAAGUGAAAGAAAAAUUGUAUAAGGCUUUCAUCUCCGCUAUCAUUGAACUAAAACCAUUUACCCAAGAGGAAAUGUUAUUUCACACUUUUAAUGUAAAACCCUUUCAAAUUAGCUUACAAUAUUGCAAUAAGCUCUGCUAAAAUAAAAUAAACAAAUAUCUUGAAAUCUGUUCCAGUUGGAACAAAAUUAAAUCACGCGAUGAUAGGCAUGGCAAAUAAAUUUGGUUUGACAUACGUUUCAUUUAAUACUUAAUAUUUAAAUAAGUCUUACUUAUAAACAAUAAACAAUAGAAAAUAGAAAAUAUGUAGGUCUGUUUAUGGAACCUAUUUGACGAAAUAAGAAAUGAUUCUUUCAAAUUUAAAUUGUUCAAUAUAGACGCAUAAAAAUAUCAUUUUAUUUUAUCUUUUCUAAAUAUAAUACAAUUGAAAUGAAUUUCUAUUCUAAAAAAAUCCCAUGCAACUUUUGAAAUGGAAUCUUUUGAAUAAGAAAAAUCGAUUUGAUCGAAUUUUUAUUUACAUUUUAUUUGAAGCUUGAAAGAACGUUUGCAUGCAAGGCCCACUACUAUUUGUCUCUCCUGUUUCUAUUUAUUUUCCUUUAUAUUUGUAUUCAUCUUUUUUGUAAUCUAACAAUUUCAAUUAAUCUGUUUGAGUUAUUAGUGCCCGUGAGCUUACAUUACGAUUCGAUCUUUAUGAGAAAAAAGUGAAUACACAAAACUGUUGUUUUACUUACCCAAUUUAGAACAAUAGAUUCAAAAACAAUUCAAAGAUUUAAUGAAGACCGAAAUCAUUUUAGGAAAAUAAGAUAUAUUAAUUAUUAAAAACACAUUUUAGGAGGAAGCUCAUUAAUUGAACUCAAUUCUAUUCUUAGUAUAUAAGUAAAAGUAUCAACUUCUAAUUAUAUAUAUAAUUUAAAUAAA